AUGCGCACACCACCAGGAUCUAGCCGCCUGAUAACAGCCAAUGUAGAAGCGGCAGCGGCGAUAAGUGGGGCGCAACACCGCGGGCCUCCCGCAGGAUCGAGGAUCGAUGCUCACUUGUGCUGUGAGCGUGUCCCAAGCUGGAGAGCCGAACACCAAAGGCUAAGUCACAAGAGGACGCAGAAAGAGGCAAAAGUUAUCCUUCGACAAGCAUCCCUACGGUUAGUCAAGGAAAGGAUCUCGGCAACCAAAAGAAAUAUAGCUAGUAUCUCCCAAAAGCUUCUUGGAUUACACCUCUUUCUUGCUGACUCACUAAAGCCGGAGCUGUGGCAAACACUGGACCGUAUUACACACGAACAAGCCGUCUGUUCUGCCGAGGUGAGAAAACAAAAACAGGAGGAGAAAUACAAGAAGAUCUCUCUACAAGCUAGAUCCCCACUUCCAACAUACACAGUUAAGAACCUCAGCAGUCAUGUCCUGUCUCCAUCCGAAGUGUCUGUACUUUCAAAAAGACACAAUUUUGCUGUCACCCCCACAAGCAUUCCUACGGAAGAAAUUAUCAGCCAAAUUGAGACGGCUAUCUUCCGCCUCCCACCCGAAGCAAGCAACGACAUUAGACAACGAGCAGUCAACAUCCUCCGCAAGGCUAAACCACCCAGCCAAAACAUCAGCAGAGAAGAACGCUUGACACUCUGGAAUUUGAGACAGAACAACAACAUUCUAAUCCUACCGGCGGAUAAAAGGAAUGCCACAGUGAAAACUGAAACGGAACCCGACAUCCACCAUAGAAAAAAAAAAACACCCGUUCUGCUCAAGAAUUCAGGCCUCCCUCCUGAAAUUACCAAAUACCUUACCCCUCGGGAAUCGUCGGCUCUCAGAUUCGGCCUCCCCAAGGUUCAUAAAGAAUCGGUUUUCCUUUGCCCUAUCGUCAGCAAUAUCGGGGGACCCUCUUACUACUUGGCCCGCUACCUUACCAAACCACUUCAAAAACUUACUGGUCUCAAUGGAUCUCACAUCAAGAAUUCUAUUGAUUUUGUGAACAAAAUUGCAAAGAUCAAAACAAAACCCAAUGACAUCCUGUUUCAAGGAGAGUUCUUUGAACAAACUUCUGGAGCAGCAAUGGGAUCCCUUGUUUCACCCAUUUUUGCAAACAUUUUCAUGGAACAUCUCGAAGACAAAAUUCUGAAAAACGCACCCCUCAAACCUUCCACGUGGUUCCGAUACGUAGAUGACACAUUUGUUAUAUGGAGCCACGGCAAAAAAACUCUCCCACCCUUCCUCGUUUUUCUCAACGCCCAACACCCAAACAUUAAGUUUACAAUGGAGGUAUACAGAGCUCUCACAGUUUCUGAACCAACGUUCCUGGAUGAGGAGUUACAACAUCUUAAUCAGACCUUGACUAGGAAUGGGUACAAUAAUAAGAACAUUAAUCAGAUAACCAAGAGAUUGAAGAACAAGAUCUCCAGUCCCAACGACACCAAAACUUUGGAUGAAGAAAGAGAAAGGAAAAUGAUGGCUGUCCUUCCGUAUCUUCAAGGUACAACAGAGCGCAUAGGCAGAAUUUUGAGUAAGCAUAACAUCAGAGUAAUCUUCAAAUUCCAGAAGAAAAUUGCUCAAUUACUCCCUAACCGCAAGGAUCAAAGACCAAGCCUGGAAACGCCAGGUGUGUACAAGAUAUCUUGCGUCUGCGAAAAAGUGUACAUAAAAGAAACCGGGAGAAAGAUCAGUACACGGAUCAAGGAACACCAGAGGUGUGCCAAAUACAGCCACUUUUCGCAAUCAGCCUUGGCGGAACAUUCGAUGGAGACUGGACAUGCCGUGCAAUGUGAUAAGUCUACCAUGUUGUACCCCGUCACAAGGCUACUUCGCCAGAAAAUAUCUCGAAGGUCUGGAAAUCUUGAAACAUCUAGACAACCUCAACCGCGACAAAGGCCUUCAAACAAAAAGGAAAUUCAAAUGUUGUUCCCCAACCAAAGAAGCACGCAGGUGAUAACAGUCGGUCUAUUGAUGGCUUUAUAA